CUCGCUGCGCAUGCGCGCCGAGGGUUAAUAAGCGCAUGCAGAGAUGGCGACCGUGCCUCCGUACGAGGUGAUUUUCACCUCUGUUCUGUGUCAUUGACCAGCAGUCAGAAAAUAUGGCUGUCAUUUGCCGAGAUUACGAGUCAUCGACCCAAGUUCAGCUGUCCAGCAGAGCGUGGGCUCUAUCUGGUC